GACGAGAAGCUCGAGGAAACCUCGAUUCGAUUGUUGGAAUCUGGCUACAACGACAUCUGGCCUGCGAAUAUUUCAAUCGUAGGCAUCAUCCACUUGCCGAAUGUUUUUUUACAGAUAGGUUCUGUAUGUGCUCUGUUCCUCGUUGGCAGUGUUGGGUCACAUUUUUCACCGACAUAUGCAGCACUGGUUACGUCAACUAUGGCCGCUAUUAUUGGCCCAACAUUACUUCUCAUAUUCGCAUUUAAUUUGCAUUCGAUCACUACAAAUGUAGAUUGGAUCUUUUGGGAAACCAUCUAUUCCGGCUCGUUUGCAUUUCUUUUUCUGAUCAAUAGUAUCACCAUGAUCUACAGCAGUCUCCGAUGGCAAUAUACAGCUUGGUGGCUUGGAACUGUAUGUACACUUUUAUGUAGCUCAUGUAGAUUGAGCAGUAAUGCAGGCUUACGGCGCGAGCGGUCGCGGCGCGGUGGGUUGAUAGAUGCUGCUUUUACCGCUUCAAUACUACGAAAUGUCACGUGCGCCUUGGUGGGAUUGGCAUUCCUUAUCGAU